GAUUACAAGUUUUCAUUCUGUACCUAUUCUGUGUCUGUACUGUAUUUAUUCUGUGGCUGAACAUGCCGAAGCCGAAGGCCGAAGUGUGUUAUUUGAAGUUGUAAAAGGUUAUCAAUUUAAUUGUUUUUUUUAUCCUAAUCACGACACUACUCAGACCCUCUUUUAUAAGCUGAUAAGAGAGCAAAAUAUUUACGACCACGUGCAAAUUGAUAAUGGUUUCUAUUUUUGAGUUCAGUUUUAGUUGGUCGUAAUCAGUGCAUUGUAGAUUUAGGUUAUGAUAUAAACAAUACUUAUUUUGUAUUUAUCUUUUAUUGUUUAAAUAUUAUUAAAUCGUAAUGCGGAUUGCAUUAAAUACAUGUUUAGUACGUCUAGGACCUAAAAGUAAUGUUGUUAAGAACUUUUACAGUUUGCUGAAUAAUAGGAAAUCAAUUUUUCGUUGUUAUUCAAGUACAUAUAAUGAUGAAACUAGCAGAAACAAACCUCAAUACUCUAACAAACCUCCUGAAAAUCCCUUACAUAGAGUUGGAAAAAUGAUUAAAAGUUCUUUUAAAGAAAUGUUUGAUAAUUUAAACGACCCUGAUGGUGAAUACUCAACUGGGAACAAUAAACUGUUUCCAUCUCACUGUGAUGUAGUCAUCAUCGGUGGAGGUGGCAUAGGAUCUUCCAUUGCGUAUUGGCUCAAACAGCGUGCUAAAUCAGGGCUGAAAGUAGUUGUCGUUGAAAGGGAUCCUACGGUAAAUAAUGAACUUCCUAUUGAGUAUCGGGAUUGCUCCACAUCUUUAUCAGUUGGUGGACUUCGACAACAGUUCUCCUUGGAAGAGAACAUACAAAUGUCAGUAUUUGGAGCUAAAUUCCUUAGGAAUAUAGAGGAUUAUCUGGAAGUUCCAAAUGUAGACAUUCCUAAUGUCAAUUUCACACCACAUGGCUACCUAUUCAUGGCAACGGAAGCCAGUGCGCAAAUAUUAAAGGAAAAUGCAGCACUGCAGGCAAGUUUAGGAGCCAAAAAUCAGUUGAUGACACCUGAAAUGCUAAAGAAAAAAUUUCCAUGGUUGAACACAGAUGGCAUCGCACUUGCUUGUCUUGGCCUUGAAAACGAAGGCUGGUUUGACCCGUGGCUUCUGCUGCAAGCACUGCGUAAGAAGGCGCAAUACUAUGGCGCAGAAUAUGUGGAAGGCGAAGUGGUCGGCUUCGGCUCACAAGUCAGUAGAGAUGCAGUCCACGCCGUCUAUGGCAGAGGAGACUUUGAUAAUUUGAAGAAUAUACAGGUGCAACUUGCUGACGGGGAAGUGAGACAGAUAAAUUUCGCGGUGGCCGUGAUAGCCGCCGGGCCGCAUUCAGGCAAAGUGGCCCAACUGGCUGGCAUUGGUUCCGACUCAAAGUUCCGUGAAACUGCUCUGCCAGUCGAGCCCAGGAAGAGGUACGUGUACUGUUUCCACUGUCCGGAUGGCCCUGGCUUAAAUACGCCUCUCACUAUCGAUCCUAAUCAUGUUUACUUCAGGCGAGAAGGACUCGGUGGAAACUAUAUAUGUGGACGAUCUCCAAGCCCUGAAGAAGAACCAGAUGUUUCAAACCUUGAAGUUGAUCACAGCUACUUUGAAGAGAAGGUUUGGCCAGCUCUAGCCAGCAGAGUUCCAGCUUUUGAAAAACUCAAGGUCACUGGUUCUUGGGCAGGCUACUACGAUUUCAAUACAUUUGAUGAGAAUGUAAUCAUCGGUCAUCAUCCAUACUAUUCAAAUCUAAUGAUGUGCACAGGUUGUAGUGGUCACGGAAUACAACAAGCACCAGCAUUGGGAAGAGCGAUGAUGGAACUUAUAAUUGAUGGAAGAUAUUCUUCAAUCGAUUUAAGUAGACUGGGCUUUGAAAGGCUCUUAACCAACGAGCCUAUGCUAGAAAGGAAUAUUGUCUGAUUUAGGGAAUCUAUUGCAGCUUAGUGUACAAAAAACUUGAUUAGUUGUAUAUAUUUUAUUGAGAGCAUUAUUCUUGAGUGAAAAAUAUGUUGUAAAUUUAUUUGUACAGGACAAGCAAAUAAAAUUAAGUUUGUCGUAA